AAAAAACAUAAUUAUAUUAUGCUUUUGUUAGUUCGUCUUAAUCUAUAUGUUCUAAAUAUCAGCUUUUUCUAAAUAUAUGCAUCUGUAAGCAUGAAAGUCAAAUUGUUUGGAUUAAAAAACAUAGUUAUUUUGAUAUAAUCAAUGGUAAGAGACAAUGACAACUAUGGAGUUUGAUUUUAAAGUGCUCAUUCAUAUUGGUUUACAUUUGAGAUUGUCACGUCACCAAUUUGACUAGUGGUUUGAAGGUUCCAUAUAAGUGUAGCGUCAACAUGACAUAGUUUUUGAAAGGCAAUUGUCUAUGAUGCCAAACCUUUAGCUCAACUCCAACUAGUUAGCUGCACUAAUAGAGAAGAUACAUCAAAGAGUUAUUUACGUCACUUGUAAUUUGGAGUUUUCUUCUUUGGCUUAAGUGAAGUAAAUCUAGCAAUGGAGCAUCAAAUUAAUGGGGUUGCAACUUCAAUACGAAACAAGCUUGGAUCUCUAGAUGUUUCUCAUCGGUUAAGUCAUCAUUGUAUUUAUAAGGUACCUGAACACAUCCGCAAGGAAAAGGAAGAAUGUUAUCGGCCUUCAAUUAUCUCAAUUGGUCCUAUCUAUUAUGGUGAUCCAUCGCUACAAGCUAUGCAAGAGCUAAAAUUGAUGCACCUCAAGUGCUUCCUGCAACAAGGCAACAAUGCAUAUAACGUCGAGCAUUACAUCAAUGUAAUACAUGGAUGGGAAGAAGAAGCACGCUCUUACUAUGCAGAAAAGAUAAGUCUUUCGAGCAACGAGUUCAUUGAAAUGAUAUUAGUCGAUGCUACAUUCCUCAUCUACCUAUUUAUGUUAUCGAGUUCUCAUGUUUUUCUUGAAAAACAACCAGUGGAAGGUAAUGUACAAAUGUUGUUGUACCUCGAAAAAGAUUUGUGCCUUGAAGAAAACCAAGUGCCUUUUUUCAUUCUCAAAGGAUUAUAUGAUCUAGCAUUUGGUAAGAUUUACCCUUUCACUUCAUUCAUUGAUGUCACUUCUGUUUUUAUAAGUUAUGGUUGCUUUCGCGGAAGAAUGACUCCCAAUACAACCAUCUGUGAUAACAUCUUAGGUGCAUCAAAAAUUAACCAUAUUGUUGAUCUUUUAAGGAUAGCUGGGUUACCUUCCAAUCUUCGAGGACAUGCUCUUAAUAAGAACCAAGAUUAUCCACAAUUUCCUUUAAGUGUCACAGAAUUAAGUGCAGUUGGAGUCAAGUUUAUGGCUACCAAAUGUAAAAUAUUCGAUAUCAGAUUCGUUGAUGGAGCUUUACAGAUUCCAACAUUCACAAUUCGUGAAACUGCAGAAGCUGUGUUUCGAAGCAUCAUAUUUUACGAACAAUGUCAUUAUUUCCAUGACUCUUACUUCAUUGACUACAUAUACUUUCUCCAUAAAUUGAUCAAAACCCCAGGAGAUGUUCAAAUUCUUGUUAAAAAUGGAAUAAUUGACAAUUGGCUUGGAAGUGAAGAAGAGGUGGUAAAGCUAUUUCAUGUAAUUGUGAAACAGAUAGUAUUAUACCUUCCCAACUUCUAUUACUCUGAUGUUUCGAGAGAUUUGAAUUCAUUUGCCAACACCUCUUGGAAUCGAUGGAAGACCGUUUUGCGAAGAGAUUACUUCAAUCAUCCAUGGUCAUGCAUAUCUGUGAUCUAUGCUGUGGUACUUCUUAUUCUUACCUUGUUACAAACUAUUUGUAGUAGUUUCACCUGUAAGAUCUAGCAAGCUACUUCCUCACUAGCUUUAUUUCUUAUCCUCCUUGUAUUAUGUGGUUUAGGCAUCGCAAAUAUGAUUUGGCUCAUUGAAACGAAUAUAUGAUCACUCUAUUUUA